AUGGAGUGGCAUGUGGAGUCCGAUUGCUUCAAAUUCUCUGUUAAUCUCAAGGAUAAGCCUUUAACCCGUAGUAGCAUACUGUCCACUGUAUCAUCAAUAUUUGACCCACUUGGCCUGGUGUCCCCGGUUCCCCUUCAAGGAAAGACGAUUCUGCAAGAUCUGUGGCACCAGAAAGCAGACUGGGAUGACCCAAUUCCCGAUGAAAUCCGAAUGAGAUGGGUAAAAUGGAGAAUGGAACUGAUGACCCUCAAAGAGCUGCAGAUUCCAAGAUGCUUGAAGUCCAUGAAUUUCGGAACCAUUCAGAAGGCAGAACUUCACAGCUUUGCUGAUGCAAGUGAAUACGCUUACGGACAAUGCAGUUACCUGAAGUUGGUGGAUGAUGGAUGUGGACAAGUUGAAACUGCGUUGGUGAUGUCCAAGGCCAGAGUUGCGCCAGUAAAGGUUGUGACGAUACCAGGAUUGGAGUUGACAGCGGCUGUUACAUGUGUGAAGGUCGGAACGUUCCUGAAUAGGGAGUUGAAGAUUGAAGACCUCCAAUUGCGUUACUACACUGACAGUACUGUUGUCCUGGGAUACAUUUCUAAUGAAACCAAGAAAUUCCAUAUCUUCGUCGCGAACAGAACUCAACAGAUCAGAGAUGUGUCAUCACCCCAGCAGUGGAGCCAUGUAAACACUACAGAAAACCCAGCCGACACAGCAUCUAGAGGGUCAGAUGCCAAGAAUUGA